CUCGGCGCCUACCUUUGUGUUUGGCACUCGACACAACUAGAUAGACGGCGGUCGCCAGCCUAUCCGGCGACUCGGGUAGAAUCUGUAAUCACCAGCUGUGAAAAAGGGAGGAGUCAAGGAGAGGGCAGAACUGAAUUCAUUGAUUCUGAAUCGUCUACGUGGAUUGUGCGAUUCGGGCUUGAGCACAACCUGCGAUUCUUGCCUGUCUUGCGCUGAAGAAGGUACCGCUUCGUCCUUCUUUGCUCGCCUCUCAUAAGGCGUGCCAAGCGAAUGCAAGAGCAGAUCCGGCACCCUCUCGCCUACGCACAACAGACCGCGCACAUCAAAGAUUGCCAGAUUUCGCCAAUGCCCUUACUUGUUUCAUCGCCAGCUGGGGGGAAAGAGGCGAGGGCAAGCUUGGGUGCGGAAGGGGAUCUGACGUGUGAAUAGCCCGGCCCCUGGUAACCCGCACGUUUCUGCAUCCACAAAGAAUGCACGCUUCAUACCCGCGACUCGUGCCUCUUUGAGCUCGUGCGCCGUCAUACCAGCGCCGCACCUUUUUGCCCGCACAAGAUGCUCACGCCGCGACCCGCACUCUAUACGAGAAUUAACCUUCCGCAUCUGGCUCCGGAAGGAAUUACGCAUAAAUGGUCGACUCAAGGAUGUUAUCAACGCCGACGGCUGCUUUUCCUUUCUAAUCUAUCUCCUGAGUCCUUGCAGAAACCACUCCGUGCGCCUCGACUUUCCGUUCAAAUCCUCUCUUUUGCUUGUGUCUGCGAGCCUCUUGACGUUUUCAGAUCGGCGAGUGCGGGCACCAACUCUGCUCCCACGUAUCAAAAUGAGGGGUUGCCGUCCAAGCGAACGUGUCGGUCAGGGAUCUUAGAGCCCCGUUGAAACCAAUGGGGAACAAAGCGUGGCUUCGGAGAGUACUAGUACCUACAGUACAGGACUUUUACAUGCAGCUUUAGAUGUGUGGAGCGAACGCACGUCCGGUCCCCGACAUCAUGGCCCAUCCGGUCACCGGAUCUGCACGUUAUCACUCUUGUCACCGCUUGCCCUGUCCAGCAUCGGCAGCAGCAGCAGCACUUUGGCGCGGCGCAUUAGGAAUGGGACUUAGCGAAGCAACAGAAAUCACCAUGGUACGACAUCAUGGCCUGGUGAUUAUGACGAAGGCAAAAAAAAAAUUAAAGAGUGCUAGGACAUUGGUUUUCGUGAAAGAAUUUGCACAAACAAACAUUUUAAUUAAGAC